AUGCCUCCUGCGACACCUCUAGAGAUCUCAAGGGAAACUAAUAUGGAUUUGGAAGGCGAGUUAGAGCCAUACAGAAAUGCAGAAGCUUAUAGAAAUUUGCAGCCGGCUACUCUUCCAAACCACGUUGAACAACAUCUAGAUUUUUUGGAUAUUAAUGACGAAGGUUUUUUGCUGUUGGGGUCCAGCAAUUUAACAGGGCGUUAUUGGACAGGUUCUCUGUGGUAUUUUAUUGAACCUGAAGCAGCACCCAAUGUGGAAAAGUGUCUCACAGGCACAGAUUGUGAGAGUGGAGUUUGCAAUGGCAAAUUUUUAAAUGAUCAACAGAAGGUCAUUAUUGGAGAAGAUUCUGGUAAUAUUCAGAUUCUUGCUUUGUCAGAAGUGGCUGAAGAACAUACUUUCCAUUUUUCCUUGUCUGCAUGUGCUUGUGAUCAUGAUGAUUAUGUAUGUUCAAUUGGUGUAUUUAAAGGAAAAUCACAAGCAGUGUCAGGGGGAGCUGAUUGUGUAAUUAAGGUAUGGGAUGUAGAAUCUUUAGUGGCAGAACACACUUAUCGACCAGCACACAGCAAUCAAGUGACAUCUGUUGCUACUCAGCCUACAGAUGGUUCUGAGGUAUUUGCUUCAUGUUCCCUUGAUGGCAAGAGUCUCUUGUGGGACUCACGUAAUCCAAAGCCAGCCUCAGAACUGUUGAAAGGUACAGCAAUGACUGCAGUGGAGUGGCAGCAUUCUACCUCACAUGUUGUGGGUAUUGGAGGAAUAAAUGGAGAAGUCAGCUUUGUAGAUAUUCGUCAGCCAAAGCAGAAAAUUAGCAAAAUAACUUGUUUUCCAAGAUCUGUGCAUGGAUUGUGUUUUGAUAGGGGCAGUUUGAACAAACUUGCUGUUUGUGGAGAUCUGGAAGUUGUGAAAGUGAUUGACUGUAUGGAUGUUGCCAAUCCUGUAGUUUGUUAUGAAGAUGGGAGACAUAAUGAUUUUGUGCGAGGUCUUUCUUGGCAUCCGUCUUCCAAUAUGCUGUUCUCCUGUGGUUGGGAUAAACAGGUGUUGACCCAUGCUCCAUUACAAGUUCCAGAAGAAGGGUGUGUUAGCAACAUGGGAGACUGUCCUGUGGCUUCUUCCCCAGCUCAAAAUAUGGAUAUUAAUGGCAGCUGAAUCGAUGAGACUGUACUUUCGUUUUUGAAACUACGUGGUUAUUGCACAAAGCACCUUCACAAAUUCAUCUUUACACCUUCAAAUGAUAUGUUAGGGAGGUUUAGAUUGAAUGAGGUGAUGUGAUCAGGUCAUAUGUGCAUACAAAAUGUGCAUUUCAUUGCUAGUUUAUGUGAUAUUUACUAGCAUAUAUAUCAUUCUUACUUCAGUCUGUGAUUAUUAAUACAUUUGUUCUAUAAAUGUAGAAUAGUUCUUGUUUGUAAUAAAUCCUUUUUAGUCAACUGGUCAUAUUUUAGUGACAUACUAAUGAGCCCCUAUGAUCAAAACUCAUUUCAAGCCAUGAUGAAACCUAUUGAAAAAAUACUAUUAGAACUUGAACUCGCUUGUUCACAAUCUUCUCUACAUGGAUUGUACAUUUCAUGAACCUUUAAGAAUAUUGCGGUAACUUGCUAUUAUCUCAGUUGUGAAGAAUUGCAUAUGGGAAAGGGAUCCUGGAGAAUCAUUAUAAGCUCUGUUUGUCUUUGAAAAAUGCUUUCAGAGAAAUAUUUGUAAAUAAUGCAAAGUGUAUAAGGAGACAUUUAAGUAAAAUAUUUAGUGGAAAAUUUGGUGAUGAUACAAACAAAUUAUAGAGAUAACAAAAGUGUACAAAACUUCAUCGUAAGGAGAAAACCAGUCGAUAUAUGUCUUGACAUUGAAAUUAUAUAUGGGCCCCAUUUAAAGAAUUUUAAUUUCAAAAAUUCAGAAAAAAUAUAUCUUGAAUUCUUGUUUUUAUUUUUUAUUACAGUUUCUUUUGGGUACUAACUCUAUAGAAUAAAGAAGAAGAAAAAAAAAAGAGUGAAAGUAUCUGAUGAAAAAUUUAUUAGAUGAAUCAAUUCAUUAACUUUACCAAAACUAUUUUGUUCGUAAACAUUGUUGUAAGGUGUUAAUGUUUUUUCUUAAUAAGAAUUAAAAAGUAAUGAAAAUAGCGAGUACACUUUAUUGAGUAAAUAUUUGGGGUAAAAUAGUUAUAUCUUUUGUAAAAACUUCCAUUUCUUUUACGUAUUAGGGAUGUACUCUUAACAGCUUAACUGUUAUUUUUUCACAGUUAUUUCGUUUAUCCUGUUAUUAGCGGUUGAAAUUCAUAACGUUGCAAUCUAUUGAGCUAAAUACGAACUAAUACAAGCUUUCGCGGCAACCAUUUUCUACGAGAACAAUUUCAUUGCAGCUAAUAAACAGUGAUAAGGAAGUGUUCAAAUUAUAGAUUCAUUAAUAAAUAAUUCAUCAUUAUUACAUGUCAAGUGUCACAAUAUUUUUAUUGUUUACUACACUGUCUAUCAUUUAAAAAUAAAUCUGUCUUAACUUCUUUUUGUCUCAUUGCUGCUUAUGUGAGAUCCACAAAUAUUUCUAUGUCUGAUAAAAUAAAAUGAGUUACGGUUAAAUAACGCACAUUAUAAUAUUUGAUAUUUAACUUAUUAAUUAAUAAGUAAAAUAGUAAUAAUUAAAAUUAAUUAUUACUAUUUUAGCUGUAUGUAAGCAAAAACAGUUUCUCCUCAUUAUUUUUGGCACUCAUCACUUCACUGUGCAUGUGUUGCAUAUUCAAAAGGAUAUUUGCAAUCUAUAGCCGAAUCACUGUUAUUUUAGUAAUAGUCUAUACAACUUUGCUACUCAUCAUAUCAAUUACUAUAACUCCUUCAUCAGGCUAUCCAAGCUCAUUCAUAUCAGCUGUUUCUGUGUCCAAACAUGUUUGGGGAAUAGUGCAAGUGCCAUGGGGUAGCUUCACAAGCUUUACAGUGCUACCAACAUUAUGUGUUUUGCCUGGUUUAACUCUUAGCAGUCGCCACAAUUUAUUUAAUCCUCAGCAGUCGGCCAUGUUAGGUUCCUGGUCAUGGACCUGUAAUUUUUGAACUGUUAUUACGAUAAGAGUCGACUGUUAUUUGCAAUAACAGGUUUCUGUAUGGAGAGCAUAUGCAGAAAUUAAAGAAAAGAGAAACGAGAAAAGAAAUUGUUGUAAAACUUUACUACAGUCAAAAUUGAAUCAUGGCAAAUACAAUGCUCUUUUUUUGUCAGUUUUCACUAGUGUCUACAAACACACAAAUGAGGGCGACAGGGCAGCGGAUGGGUUCCAAAUUUGGCAAUCAAAAUACAGGGGUUGCCGAGUUGCUGGGUUAAGAUACCACCAAAAGGGCUAUUGUAGAACAUUACAAAAAUAGCAUCUCUCCUGUAACUUUUGGUGACAUCUCAAUAGUGAUAAUAGCAAAUGUAUGAGCCAGCAUCUUUUGUCUUUGAAAUGUGUGAUAGAUCUCUUGAGAUAAGGAAUAUACAAAUAUAUACAUACAGUUUUUCAAAUACAGUAAAAAAUAAGACAGGUUAAAAAAAGAGACCUUAUAAUUGAAAUGUGAAAAACAAGUAUACUGAAACAAAGAGUAUCACAAUUGUGUAGAAAGGUAACCUUCAAACUAAACUUCAUUGCUAACAAACCCUUGAACAGAGAAUCAGCCAGCUCACAGCAAGUACUGGUCACAGAGAGAAUGGGGGAACAGUCCUUUGCAAUGUUGCAAGCUUGCACAGUGAUGCUUGCAGAAGUGCUGUUAGUGAGAUUUGCUUGGCUGUCUUUUUAAGAUCAUUUGGAAUGGUUUGGUUCAACUGGCAAUGGGGUAAGGUAUCACAGCGGAGCACAUAGCUCACAUCCUGACCCCAUGCACAGUCAAUGGAAAGAUUCAGAUCACGCAAAGAAACACAAACGGAAAGUUCACUGUAAUGCACGCUGAGAACAGACACAGCUGAUGAUGCAGGGUAGAAAAAACGUGAUAUGAAGAUUGGUAAUGUAGGCGAUAUAAAUACACAUGACAGAAUGAACUGAAUGUGAAACAGGUAAAAAAAAGGUAAAGUAGACAAUUAAUCUUUGCAAAAGUUAUUUUUAAGAAAACCAGCAAUAUGAACACAAUGGUCUUUUGGUAAUUCUACUGAUAAAUUUAAAUAAAAAUUAGAUAAGGUAGUAAAAAUUUACUUAUGUUAAUUUUGAUCAUUCUUUCAUGCAUAUCUGAUAAUCCAUUGGAAACGUGAAGUUGGUUGUAUUUGUUAUUAUGGAAUACAGGAAGGAGAUCUGGAAUUGAAAGAGCCACAUUCUUGUUGGCUCAACUCUGUGAGUGGAGCUCUGGGCGAGCAGCUGUUGUCAGAUUUCCCCGCAAAAAUCCCCUGGAUUCUCAUAGGAAUUAUCUUUUGAGAUUUGUGGUGUAGAUGCAAGUUAGAUGUAUGUAUGAAGUGUAGGUUACUGAAUUGCUUUUGAAGUAGAUCCUAAGAUGUUUUAAUAGCAAAAGUAAAUUAUUAGUGUGAAGUGAUUGAGAUGAUGGGUGGAUGAUGACGAUACUUACAAUGAAGAAUCCAGGUCAAAAACUAAAGAAACUUGAUGCAAAUGAAACUAGAGUACUGAUACAACCAGUCAAAACAGUGGAAACAAUGGGAUAAUUAGUGAGACAUGCCUUUGUAAUUAUUCCCAGCUGAACAUGUAAGCACUUGACAAUCUGUGUACAUUUGUCCCUUUCUGCCAUUUUUAAGAACUACAGUGAGAUGAUGCUAUCUAUCUUAAUAAUUAACAAACGUUUGCUGCUGGCAGUAUAAUAAUUUAUACAAUGAUACAUUGCCAAGGAUGAUAACACAACAAUAAAUGGACAGUGGAAAACUGUUGAGAGGGGCUGGGUAGUAUAUCAGGCAUACUAGAGUUUGGCAGAUUUAAGAACACGAAAUCAGCCAAUGGCAUAUACACUAGCACUUCUCAACAGCAAUAGGGAGCCACACUACCUCUGCAACAUUGGAACUACCAUACACAUGUACACUAUAUACAGCAACAGAGGACAAGAACAGAACCAGUGGGCUUUGUAGGUAACAACAACUGCUCGAGCAACAUCCACUGAACAGCAAAUAGUUGGCAAUAGAAGAGAACACCAAAUACAAGGCAUGUACAAUUACAGGUCAAAUGCUUCUAUGAAUAGUCCUUGUCUGUCAACAAAAAAUGAAUUCCCAGAAUAAUGAUUGGAUGAUACAGGAUAUCGGCUGGAUGUUUC